GCCGCGACUGCAGUGCGCGCUGGCGUCAGGCGAUGGAGGAGGAGGCGGUGGUGGUUUGUGCUCGGGCUCAGAGCCGCGGCCGCUUGAGCGGCUUUGACUAUAUUUGGUCAAAGCGGCGAGGUAGCGAGGGAGGGAGCGAACGCCUGUUUCCGGGUUGCUGUGCCUCAUUGCCUCCGCCCUGUCUGUGAAUCCUGCAGGCACGCAGAGAGAGAGAGAGAGAGAGGGGCAGGAGCCGUGUCCUGAACAGGUUGAUAUAUAUUUUGGGUUGCGUGAUCGAGUGCUGCUGUGUAUUGCCGGUGCCAGGACUGUGUGCGUGCAGCUCAGCCAGCGGAAGAUGCCUUACGAACUGAGUAAAGUGUUUGCUUGCCUUCCUCAAAUGGAAAGAGGGGUUUCAAAGGUCCUUGGAGGUGAUCCAAAAGGAAUCAACUUUCUUUACACCAACAACAAAAGUGUCAUCAUAAGGAACAUUGAUAAUCCAGAAAUUGCUGAUGUUUAUACCGAGCAUGCUCAUCAAGUUCAGGUUGCCCAGUAUGCACCUAGUGGGUUUUACAUCGCCUCAGGAGAUACUUCUGGAAAAAUUCGAAUUUGGGAUACGACCCAAAAAGAACACCUACUGAAGUAUGAGUACCAACCCUUUGCAGGGACAAUCAAAGAUAUUUGUUGGUCUGGAGAUAGUCAAAAGGUUGCUGCUGUUGGAAAAGGAAAGGAAAUAUUUGGAGCAGUCUUCCAGUGGGACACAGGAACGUCUGUAGGAUCCAUUACUGGCCACAGUAAAGUUGUAAACAGCAUAGCUUUUAAGCCAAAUCGACCAUUUCGUGUUGUGACUGGUGGUGAUGAUUACACCUGCGUGUUCUUUGAAGCACUUCCUGUAAAGUUCAAGUUUACAAUGAAUAACCAUACAAAGUUUGUUAACUGCAUACGAUAUUCUCCUGAUGGAAGCAAGUUUGCAUCAGCUGGUGCAGAUGGGCAGAUUUUUAUCUAUAAUGGAAAAGAUGGAAAUCAGAUAUGUGCUCUUGGAGGCUCCAGUGCCCACAGUGGAGGUGUAUAUGCCAUUAGUUGGAAUUCUGAUAGUACGCACCUAAUUUCUGCUUCUGGUGACAAGACUGUUAAACUAUGGGAUGUUGAAGCCAACUCUGCAGUGACAACGUUUAAUAUGGGGUCUGAUGUACUGGAUCAACAAUUGGGCUGCUUGUGGCAGAACGAUCACAUGCUGAGUAUUUCACUUUCUGGCUACAUUAACUAUCUGGAUAAAGCAAAUCCCAGCAAGCCUCUCCGUGUCCUCAAGGGGCACAGUAAGUCAAUUCAGGCCUUGACUGUUCACACCAGUGAUGGGAAGCGUUCCAUCUACUCUGGCAGCCAUGAUGGCCAUAUCACUGAUUGGAACGCUGAAACUGGAGAGAAUGAUGCUUUUGCAGGGAAAGGACAUACGAACCAAGUGUCAUGUAUGGUGGCCAGUGACGCAAAUGAGAUUGUCUCUUGCAGUAUGGAUGAUACAGUCCGUUUCACUUGUUUGCGCUCAAAAGAAUACAAACCUGAAAAUGCAGUAAAGAUGGAUACUCAACCUAAGAAUGUGGCAGUUGGUCCUAGUGGCUACACAGUGGUCAUUUGCAUUGAGCAGAUUGUACUGCUAAAGGACAAGAAGAAGGUUUUUAUGAUUGAGAACCUUGAUUAUGAACCAGAAUGUGCAGCAAUUCAUCCUGGUGGAGUAACUGUGGCAGUAGGAGGAAAAGAUUCCAGUGUGCAUCUAUAUUCGAUUCAAGGUACUACACUGCAAAAACACUCUGUUCUGUCUCCAAGCCAUUUGGGACCUGUGACUGCAUUGUCUUAUUCACCUGAUGGUGGAACCCUUGCUGUCUGUUCUGCAAAUAAAGUCACAACAGUGUUUACAGUUGCAGAUAACUACAAGGAGGAAGACAGCUUCUAUGGGCAUCACGCUAAAGUUCUCUGCAUAGCAUGGUCUCCAGACAAUCAACAUUUUGCAACUGGUGGGAUGGAUGGAUUAGUCUUUAUCUGGACCCUAAAGGAUCAAAAUAAAAUAUUCAAAAUACCAGAUACUCAUCGGUUGUAUCACAUAAGCGGUGUCGCUUGGUUGAAUGAACAUACUCUGGUGACAACAUCCCAUGAUGCUUGUGUGAAGCAAUGGACCAUCACUUACAACUGAAUGAGAAAUGCUGUUUUUUUUGGGGAAGGCAUGUAGGAUUUCAGGGACUAGGGUGCUGCUGUAGAAAGUUAGCAUUGAGCAGAAAAUUUCUUUAUUGCCCAUUGGGCCCCAUAUCACAAUCCUAGUUCACCUCAAUGGUUCAUAUCGAAGAUACUGUGUUUGGAAAGCUUUAGCAGAAAAUAAAUUGCACGUGAAAAGCACUUGUUAACCUAAUCUCUGGAGCUUUACCCUCGUAUGUUCAACAUUCCAGAGGCAACAGCCUUAUUUCUAUUCAUAUAAAGCCCCGUAUGCAGUUUUGUUUUUCUUUAAGUCCAGAUCUAUGAAGUUGUGUUGAGUUGAACCAAGACACACUCAGCUACACCUGGAGAAUAUUUCUGUACAGUGACAAAAAUUCUUAAAAUUGUGAUCUGAAUUGAUGUAAGUGCAGCUACUGUAUAUUGUACAUGUAAUUUCUUUGCUUUAGAAAUCUGUACUGCACAAUUGCCUCCUUUUCUUUUCUCCAGAUGAUCAGAAAAAUACCUAAUAAAUUUUUAACGCUAUAAACAUUUCAGCUAUGUGUAGUUAAUUUGUAAGCGUAGUAUGCAAUUUUUAUUCCAUUAUGUUCAAUUGACAUUUAGUGAACCAAGUGAGUGCAAGAUGAGACUGUUCAGGUCAUGGAUCAAUUUUGUUUUCCCCCUGGAGGGCUGCUUGUGAGAUUUUUCUUGAAGGCUACUUUUGAUUUCUUGCUGGCUUUAUUAGAUGGUGCCUCAUAUUGUAACAUUGCCUUCCAGCAUUUAUGUUGAAAUUUUUUUCAGGUUUUCUCCUUUGGAAAGAGAGCACAAUUGCCAAACGUUGUAUACACAAAAAUAUAUUAAAUCUUCUAACUUGAAAUCCAUAAA